AGCCUCUUCAUAGAAAGCUUGGGCACCUGCUCUGCGCGCGCGCCUGGGUACCACACCCGGAGCAAGCGCUGACUCUCGGUAGUUGGCUUGCAGAACGUGACCCAGGCGCACCUGAGCAUGCAGGUGGCUUCUGCAACCCCCGCGGCCACCGUGAGGAAAGCAGCUGCGGGUGAUGAGCUCUCAGAAUUCUUCGAUUUGAUCCCAGGCUUGCUGGAGGUGGCCAAUGCGAGCGGCAAUGCGUCCCUGCAGCUUCAGGACCUGUGGUGGGAGCUGGGGCUAGAGUUGCCAGACGGUGCGGCGCCUGGGCUUCCUCCGGGUGGCGGCGGGGCAGAAAGCGGGGACACUGAGGCCAGGGUACGGAUCCUCAUCAGCGCGGUUUACUGGGUGGUUUGUGCCCUGGGACUGGCGGGCAACCUGCUGGUUCUCUACCUGAUGAAGAGCAAGCAGGGCUGGCGCAAAUCCUCCAUCAACCUCUUUGUCACUAACCUGGCACUGACUGACUUUCAGUUCGUGCUCACUCUGCCCUUCUGGGCGGUGGAGAACGCACUAGACUUCAAGUGGCCCUUCGGCAAGGCCAUGUGUAAGAUCGUGUCCAUGGUGACAUCCAUGAACAUGUACGCCAGCGUCUUCUUUCUCACUGCUAUGAGCGUGGCGCGCUACCACUCGGUGGCCUCGGCUCUGAAGAGCCAUCGGACCCGAGGGCGUGGCCGUGGCGACUGCUGCGGCCAGAGCUUGAGGGAGAGCUGCUGUUUCUCAGCCAAAGUGCUGUGUGGGUUGAUCUGGGCUUCGGCCGUGCUGGCCUCGCUGCCCAAUGCCAUUUUUUCCACCACCAUCAGGGUGUUGGGCGAGGAGCUCUGCCUCAUGCACUUUCCGGACAAGCUACUGGGCUGGGACAGGCAGUUCUGGCUGGGUUUGUACCACCUGCAGAAGGUGCUGCUGGGCUUCCUGCUGCCGCUGAGCAUCAUCAGUCUGUGUUACCUGUUGCUUGUGCGCUUCAUCUCCGACCGCCGCAUAGUUGGGACAACGGAUGCAGCAGGAGCAGCAGCGGCGCCUGGGGGAGGCCUGAGUACAGCCAGCGCUAGGAGACGCUCCAAGGUCACCAAGUCGGUGACCAUCGUCGUCCUCUCCUUCUUCCUGUGUUGGCUGCCCAACCAGGCGCUUACCACCUGGAGCAUUCUCAUCAAGUUCAACGCUGUGCCCUUCAGCCAGGAGUACUUUCAGUGCCAAGUGUACGCGUUCCCAAUCAGCGUAUGCCUGGCGCACUCCAACAGCUGCCUCAACCCGAUCCUCUACUGCUUAGUGCGCCGCGAGUUCCGCAAGGCGCUCAAGAACCUGCUGUGGCGGAUAGCCUCGCCUUCGCUCACCAACAUGCGCCCCUUCACCGCCACCACCAAGCCAGAACCUGAAGAUCAUGGGCUGCAGGCCCUGGCGCCGCUUAACGCUGCUGCAGAACCUGACCUGAUCUACUACCCACCCGGUGUGGUGGUCUACAGCGGGGGUCGCUACGACCUGCUCCCUAGUAGCUCUGCCUACUGAGACCUGCCAGGGCUCAAGGAAAAGGAGAGGGGAGGGAGAAGAAUUUGGAGGCUGGAGAAGUAAGGAUGGAGAAGUUCCUAGGAAAGGGAUGUGUGACAGCGCCAGAGGAGGACUUUCCCUGCAGAAAUCACAUUAAGGGAGGAAGACCUGGAACCAGAUAGAGCAAGCAGCCUUGCCUCCUAAUUCC